CGCUUCUCCGAUGAGCAGCUGGUGACCAUGUCGGUGCGCGAGCUGAACCGGCAGCUGCGCGGGGUCAGCAAGGAGGAGGUGAUCCGGCUGAAGCAGAAGAGGCGGACCCUUAAAAACCGCGGCUAUGCCCAGUCCUGCCGCUUCAAGAGGGUGCAGCAGAGACACGUCCUGGAGUCGGAGAAGAACCAGCUGAUGCAGCAGGUCGACCACCUCAAGCAAGAGAUCUCCAGGCUGGUGCGGGAGAGGGACGCCUACAAGGAGAAAUACGAAAAGUUGGUGAGCAGCGGCUUCCGAGAAAACGGCUCCAGCAGCGACAACCCGUCCUCUCCCGAGUUUUUCAUGUACCCAAGGGAAUCCUCUGCCUCAGUGAUGUGAAAACUCCCGUUGGUCUGAAGUCAAAGAGAUGAUCCUGGCCCUGGCUCAGACUCCUCCGGAUGCAACCAAGCCUUGCAGAGCUGCCGCGGGCAGGGCAGGUGGGAUACAGACAGAGUGGGGAGGGCCCCCUUGCUACCUUUGCUGGCAUCCAUGGGAGAAGCUGAUGGACUUGUAUAUACCACACUUUUUGGAAUCUAAGUGCUCCCCUCCCCUUUUUCCCUAGUCUUAGAACUAGCCUAGUGGACAUAUUUUUCCCCUAACUGUACUUAAACUGAUGGUGAACAUUCAAAACGAUGUUAAAUAGAAGGGAAGCUUUAUUCUCUUACAAACAGAAGCAAACUACCCACAGGAGCAGAGCAGAGGAGCGCCCCACGGAGACGCUCUGAGGUCUGCCUCAGUUGUGCAUGGCUCUUCUCCUUCUGCAUUGCCCGGAGCUCGAAUGCCAACAGGGCUCCCCAAUACCCUGAGCCCAGUGGGUACCUUAGCACAGAGCAUGCUGGCUGUUCAGUGCCUCUGGAGGCUCGGAGCUGCCACGGCCCAGGUGGCCUCAUGGAGCCCAUCAUACAACUUUAAGCCACAUGGUGACUACCGCGUGUCCCCCAGGCAACAGACACACGAAAACACAGGCUGCAGACUGUGGCUCUCUCCGUGCAUCUGUCUGUCUGCCUGUCUGGAAAGCACCCCCCACAUGGUCUUGAUGCCGGUUUCACCACAGAUUCCUUGGGGCUUUGGACUGCUCAGACGUUGGCAGCCAUCCUCCGGAGCAGCAUCCGUGCAGGAGGAACACCAUGCAGCGCUGCCUGCAGAUUCAGCCCCGGACCAAUCCAUCACGAGCCAUAAGCACCUGUCAAGCCCGUGAGAGCCACGCCUCCAUUGGCGCUAAGAAAUGGGAGGGGGGUGGGGUCCAGUUUAAGGUGUUUGGUUAUCUGGACCCACCUCUACCUCAUUGUUUUAUUGUUUCUGAUCCUAGCCCCCUGCCUAACUAUCAUCACCCACCCCUCCCAACAUAGCUGGCUACUGUUCUUCCUGAGAGCGAUCUCUGUCCCAGCCCUGAGCUGAUGUAAUCAAACCUCAUAGCAAACUCUUUUAGGGAGAGCUAGCCUAAGGACGCCAAGGGACUCUUAGGAUCAUCCGUGUGCAUUUGUCUGGGAUGUUAUCGAAGGGCGACUGGUGGAAAGAAAGAAGCCUUGUGCAUGCAGCAAACACAGAAGCGGGAAUUUUUGCAAAUGUGCGUCCCUCAGUGCUUAACAUGAUACUUCAGUAAAGAGUGCUCAUGAAAAGACAGCGUUCGCGCGGCCCUUCACAGAUGCUGAAACUUUCUUGAUUCACCUGCCGUGUGCCGAGUCUACCUUUUCCUCCAUCCCGGAAUGACUGCACCGCUGCUGUUUGGCGUUCGCAUCUCUCUGUGUCCCUUGCCACCUAAUGCACUGAUCAGCAAUAAAUGAGCUAAGCAGCCUCA